UCAAUUUUGAUGGUCAAAUAAGUGCAGUUGUCAUCAGUAAACAUGGCCGUGAACAUAGAAAAUUUGAAUCUCACCGGUUUAAGUGAUAAUAACGCUAUUGCUGGUGAUAAAAAACUACCCAAAUGCAUCCCCCAAGAUGUAAAUGAAGCCGACUUUGUCAAACACAGAAUAUUUUACAGCUACCUUGACACAUUUAAUGCCAAGUACUUUGCCGCGUUCAUCACUGAUCAAAUUUAUGGAGCGGCAAAGCUUUUGCCCGGAAUGGAUGAAGGUGGAGGUGAAGAAGCUAUCGCCGAAGUUGAUCCCAAUCAACCUCAAUUCAAAUACGAAAUUAUCGGCACCGUCGAAUAUACGUUUCGCACACCCACCGAAGAUAUUUUGUUCCUGAUAUCGGAAAGCGAACCAGAAAAAGUUAAAAAUGAGCUGAUGAAAUGCGGUGUGAUAAUAUUUGAUAUUACUCAGAAUGAAGGACAAAUUCAAAAAGCCUUAGAUACUCUUACAAUGAUUGAAGAAGAAUUAUCCAAAAUUAAAGAAAUUGGUCCAAAAACCUUCGCUAGUUAUACCACUGAAAGGAUAUUUGUUUUAAUAUCCACAGUCAUGACGUGGGGCAAAACCAAACCUUUAAAUCCCAAAAAUCCCAAUUUUGUUUUUAACGAUGGACACUUUAGGAAGAGAAAACCUCAUCCCAAUUACGAACGCCAUUUGGCAUGCGAAAAUGAAGUAAUGCUGAUAGGAAGAAAGUAUCCAGAUUUGUUAAAAACCUACGUGGUAUGUUCUGGUAUAAUUUAUGGAGAAGAGGAACAAGACUUGAUGCCACUCUUUAAACUAGCAUGGAAAAACGAGCCAUAUUUGCCAUGUUUUAUGCCUGGCGACAAUGUUCUUCCUGUAAUUCACAUUAUGGAUUUAUCCAGAGUUAUACACAAACUGAUCGAAAUCAAUCCUGGACAGCCUCAGUUUAUUUUAGCAGUCGAGCCGAACAGCACCACGCUGUAUAAGUUUAUCUCGACCCUUUCAAAAACUAUGGGAAGUGGUCACAUAAAAUUUGUAUCAGAUGCUGAAGUUUUCUUGUACAAAGACUUGAACCAAUCACUAUUGGAUAGAUGUACGGUCAAUUUAAAGAUGGAACCAGAAGUAGCCUACGACACUUUGCAAGUAGACUUUGGUAAUCAGAUACAGAACAUGAAAUUGUACGCUACAGAGUUUGUGGAAAAACAAAACCUAGUGGCCAAAAAGGUAAUCCUCCACGGGCCACCUGCUGUUGGAAAAACCACGUGGGCGAAAAAAAUCGAAGAGAAAUAUGGCUUACAUUACAUUAACAUUGGGAGUAUGAUCGAAAAUAUCAUAGAAACUCUUAGGCAAAACAUUGAUUUAGCUUUAGAAAGAGCGAAAGAAGUGGGAGAAAAGGGUGACGAAAAAGUGGCGCCCGAAGGAGAAGAGGAGGAAAUUGAGGAAGAGGAAAACGAGGCUGGUAACAUAGACGAAUGGCGGGCGCAAUUGCGAGAAAUCUCGGACGCAUUAGAAAGCCCCAAUAAAAGACUCCCGGACGAUAUGGUAAUACGUUUACUGAAGAAGUAUCUGAUGAACAACGUCUGUCAAUAUAUCGGAUAUGUUUUGGACGGUUAUCCGAAAAAUUAUAUUCAGGCCAAGGAGUUGUUUGCGCUUUCCGCAGAACCGCAAGGUGAGGAAGCAGCUGGGGAGGAAGAUGAAGGUGUAGGUGGCGAAAUGACAUCGAAAAUUCUGCCAAACUAUGUCAUCAGUCUUCAAGCAAGCGAUCAGUUUUUGCAAGAGAGAGUUAUGAGAAUUCCAGAAAGCGAAAUACUGGGUACACAUUAUGUUGAAUCGGAAAUGUUGCGUCGAUUAGCAUUAUUUCGAGCUGAUAACGCUGAGGAUGAUACUGUCUUAAAUUACUUUGAUGAAGUUGAAAUUUAUCCGAUUAUAAUAAACGUUGAAGAUCCUGCUUGGACUGAUGAUUGCAUCAUAAAGCAAGUUGAAGAAACUCUAGGUGCACCAGCAACUUUUUUACUAACCAUUGAAGAAGAAUUAGAACUAAACAAGUUGAAAGUUCAGUUUGAAAGAGCUGAGGCAGAAAAGAAAACACUUCAAAGAAAGAUUGAGGAACACCAAUGUCAAUCGGAAUUCCAAAACAAAAUGGAACAUUGGGCAGAUCUGCUCCAGAAGUACCAGCAGGAGGAGGAAAAAAUGCUGAUUGCGAAAGCAGAACCGCUUAGAAACUAUCUCGUCAAAUUCGUCUUUCCGGUACUUAUAAAAGGUUUGGCGGAAACUGCCAAAGUUAAGCCGCCGGACCCUCUAACAUUUCUCGCGGAGUUCUUGUUCAAGGAGAAUCCUGAAGGUAAAAUGUUCGAUCCGUCUUACACACUGGAUGGGGAACAGUUGUUGGAAGAGUAUGAGGAAGUUGAGGAGACACUUGAAACCAAUAUUCCCGGAAACGCCAUAUCAGAGUGAUUAUUAUGAUUAAAUUUAAUUUCAUUUAUAGUAAUAAUCAUUAAUUUAGCCUAAAUAAUCAUAAUUAUUAACUAAUAUUUAUUAAUAAAUAUUUUUUUAAUAAUUUAAUCUUAAUUCCUUAAACUAUGUCAUUAAGAAUAAAAAUAUACAUUGUUGUAGCCAGAAGCCUCAAACCAAAAACCGCGAAAAAGUGGGUCUCUAACUAUCGUGCACCUCAAGUGAAAAUAAACCUUACCUUUUAAGGGAACACUUCCACUUAUUUCUCUUUUUCAUUAAAUAAAUUUACAUGACAAAAACACUGAUCAUUUGAAUUGUUAAUUAUGAGUAAAUAAAAAUAAGAUAUU